AUGGCGGAGAAAUCCCGUCUCAUCUGGCAAAUCUUCCAAGCUAUUGAAAACGACGACGAUGGACACGGCCUCUGGAAUCUACUCGAACAGAUCACCACAACAAGUUUCAACCAAGGAGUUGUUUACAUGACGUAUGCCGGCGAAACGCCGCAAUCAUCAGCGAAGAAAUGUCACCGACAUCGACUGUUACAAUUAUUGGAACUUCAUGAAAAAUUAACUUAUAGUCGUGCACAGUAUCAGUCUUAG